AUGGACGUAGACAGAGUGAUCGAGCAUCUUUUCCCCAACCUGGAUGCGAAGAAGAAGUACAUUGCAGAGCAGGCUAUUGCGGCGGUGGUUUACCACCAGGAUUGGUUGAGAAAGACCAUGCCAGCAAAUCAUCCUCUAUUCGAAACAGAGCUGUUUUCAUAUCAUGAAUUUCUACCAUUGUUGAGCCGAUACAUUUCAAUUGACGGGAACGGCAGAAGACCCACUGGUUUGCCUCCUCAUGUCAUGACGAUCCGAUCAAUGGAAGAAAUGAAAGGGGCCAUGGAAGAUGUGAUGGAAGAUGCUCAGGACGAUGGCGGCGAGGUUGAAGAUGAAACAGUGAAUGACAAUGCGGAAGGGGACGAGAGCAGGUUACUUCCCACCAAUUUCAAAUGGGUGAAAGCGAAUGCAAGAGCAAUUUAUACACAAUGGCAUUUCGGAAACAGGGAGAAAGGGUAUCCUGCUUACAAAACCUUGAAGCCUCGCCAUUUCUACACCAAGGAUCAAAAGAAGAGGUUAAGUGACUUGCGUUAUCUUGUGAGGGAAAUAGAAAUAGAAGCCAGAGCACUGGGAGUGUUUGGCCAUUUGUCGUGGAUGACGGUGGUGGACUUGCUUAGGAAGAGCGGGCGAGGGCGAAGGAUGUAG